GAGCUGCUUAAAUCGCCGUCAAGCUCUCCAUGGAGUUUGGGUCCAGUCCAGCAGCCGCGAUGAGCAAGGAGGAAGCCACGGACCAGCAGCCCAGCAGACCGACAUGGAGCAGGCAGAUAGAGUUCACCCUGGCAGGGAUCGGCUGCGCUGUGGGUUUGGGGAAUGUUUGGAGGUUCCCUUAUCUCUGCUACAGGAGUGGAGGAGGUGCCUUUCUGGUUCCCUACCUGCUCAUGUUGGUGGUGUUGGGGAUCCCUCUGCUCUACAUGGAGCUGACUCUGGGCCAGUACACCCGGAGAGGCCCGGUUCAUGCUCUGGCCACUGUUUGCCCACUCUUAAAAGGGGUGGGCAUAGCAUCUGUGGCCAUCUCCUUCAUCAUGUGCACCUACUACAACAUCGUCAUCACCUGGGCCCUGUAUUACCUCUUCAACUCCUUCCAGGCGCCUCUUCCGUGGCAGAGCUGCAACAACACCUGGAACACGCCCAACUGCACGGACCACGCCACCAACAGCAGCUACUCGUCCACAGCCAGCCAGGAGUUCUUCAAGUAUAAAAUGCUGGGCCAGACUAGCGGAGUGGAGGAAACAGGAACCCUGCGGUGGGAACUUUUCCUCAUCCUCAUCCUGGCUUGGAUUCUCAUAUAUCUGUGCAUCUUUAAAGGAGUGAAGUCAACAGGCAAGGUGGUGUACUUCACUGCUCUGUUCCCAUACGUCAUCCUCGUCGCCCUGCUGAUCAAUAACGUGCAACUUCCGGGGGCUUCGGACGGGAUAGCUUUCUUCAUCGUGCCCGACUGGGACAAGCUGCGGUCCGUGGAGGUGUGGGUGAACGCUGCGGCUCAAAUCUUCAACUCCAUUGGGAUUGGCUUUGGCUCCCUGCUGGCCAUGUCCAGCUACAACUCCUUCAACAACAACGUUCUGAAGGACACGUUGUUCAUAUCCAUCACCAACUCCCUGACCAGCAUCCUGGCAGGCUUCGUCAUUUUCUCUGCCUUUGGCUACAUGUCCUAUCUGCAGGGCAUUCCCGUCAGCCAGCUGGCGGUGGAUGGUCCAGGACUGGUUUACGUUGUUUACCCACAAGCCUUCGCCAACAUGCCGGUGUCCCAGCUCUGGGCUGUCCUGUUUUUCUUCAUGCUGCUGUGCCUGGGGCUGGACAGUGAGUUUGCGAUGGUUGAGGUGAUGGUGACCAGUUUCAUAGACGAAUUCUACCAACAGCUGAUCCGAAUUUUCAAAAGGAAGGAACUGUUUGUUCUUGCAGUCUGCGGUGUGGCCUUUCUGUUAGGGAUCCCGUGUGUGAUGCAGGUAGGAAUUUACGUCUUCCAGCUGAUGGACCACUACACUGCCAUCGUCUCCAUCAUGUUCCUUGCAUUUUUUGAGAUUAUAGCCAUCUGUUGGAGUUACGGUGUAAAGAGACUUUCGAGCAACAUGGAAGAGAUGACUGGACGAAAGCCAAACAUCUUCUUCAGGUUUUGCUGGCUCGUAGUUGAUCCUGUGCUCAUCACUGUCAUUCUGAUUUUCUCCAUCCUCCAGUUCAAACCGGCUCGCUAUGGGGACUACGUCUUCCCUCCCUGGGCUCAGGGCGUUGGCUGGGUCAUUGCUCUGGGCUCCAUUAUCUGGAUUCCUCUGGGUGCAGUUCACACUUUGUGGGUGCUUCCUGGUUCGCUCAUGAAGAAACUGAAACUAUCGAUUACACCGUAUGCCCUGAAUGCCACUAAAGGUCUAUAUAACGAGAGGGGAGGAGGAGCAGGAGAACCGGACAUAUCCGUCAUCAGCACCAGUCUACCUGACAAAAAGUCCGUUGAGACAUACUUCUGAGACAUUUAGUGUUUUGCUUAAAACACUCUGCUCCCAUCAGAAGCAAACUCUGAGAAACUCCAGCCAGUCAUUAUUGACUACUUUGAACGAGUGCGCCAUCUUUUGGUUAAAUCUAUGCAACACAUUGUAUUGGAUAAUUUUUAAAGCUUCAUUUCUGUAUUAGAAAAUAGGACAAUAUAACUGUUUAACAUUUGCCAGCGUGUCUGCUUGUUUCAGCAAGUCAAAUUUACGACUUUUUAAUGCCGUAAAUUAAAAACUUGAAUGAAUUUUGAGAUCUAAAAAUAUAUACAGACGUUGGUGGGGCAAUCCGUACUGUAUUACAGACAAGAAUAGCAAAAUCGGCGACAUUUCUGGGGCAUGUUUGUGUUUCUUACACUGCCUAUGGCUCUCUACAACUUAAAAGUUGUUUUCUCCCCUCACAGAAUGCAACUUGUUAAUCAACAGAAGAGAUUCAAUGACAAGGAACGUUGUUUACCCAUAACAUACGCAAAAAAAGCUAAUUCGCUAGCUAGCAAAUAUAUUUUAGCUGCUAGUUACAGGUAGCUUCGAGUCAGACGUCUGCACGUGACUCCUACUUUUGGCUAACAGAAAAGAUUAAAAAGUCAAAUUAACAUAUUUAAGGCUAUCUUACAUGUAGAAGACAAUCUAAUUUAAUAUACUUAUUAAAAUUUUAUUUAAUUUUUGAUACAUGUAUAUUAGAAUUCUUAAAGAUGCGCGGACACUCUGAUUUGCAAUCCACUGUGGUACUGCCAUUUUCUUAUUGCUGCUGACUCAUUUAUUAGGUCAAACACGACAGGGAACUGCAGAUAACACUAAUCGGUCAUGUAACCCCGUCAUGUAAGAUAUAAUAAAAACAUAUUUGACCAAA